UUUUGUAUUUCUUGUUUUCCAUUGAAAUUGAAUGGCAGCAAAGGCGACCACCCAGCCGCUGCCGCUGCAGCAACAGCAGUACCCGCCGCUGCCGCUGCUCAAGCUGGACAGUCCCGAGUAUUCCAAGCUGACGGAAGCGCAGCAGAGCGUGGCCCAGCUCAAGUACCUGACGUCGCUGCUGAGCACCAUCGCUCAAACACAACCGGCGGCCAUCAAGCAGUCACAAGAGCCGGUUGAGGAGCUCCUCGCUCGAAUGCUCGGCAACCCGAGCCCAGUGCAUCGCCGACUCGUCGCAGAGUGCUGGGUCGCGCUGUAUGCAAUAGGAGGGUCGCCCAAGCUGAAUGCGACCGCAAACCGGCUGCUCGACUGGGUCAAGGUGGCCAUGGACCGCAAAGACGCAGUGACACCGCAGCGAAUUGGUGCCGUUACCGUUAUUGGUGCGAUUUACAACUCGAAUAUUGGCCGGCAGAUUGGAGCAUUGUUCCAAGACGUGGCACAUGUCUUCCUCAAAGUGUUCAAGAACGCAGAUGGCGCGAUGCGCAGCGAGUUGCUAAUCGCUCUUGAACGAAUGGUCGAAGGUCUAGGUGUCUCUGCUGGCUCGGCGCACAAGGAGAUUUUCAAAACCAUCAAGGAAGGAUUCAAAGACAAGUCGCUUUUAGUUCGAGUGCUAACAGCCAAGUGCUGCGCUGCCAUGGCACGACAUGCACCUCACCUUGCUACAACAGAGCUGGAUGCGGUCAUGUCUUUCAGUGGCAAGGCGCUUGAAGGCGCCGACACUGCAGUGCGUGAAAGCGUCGCGGAUUUGGUGUCGUAUUUGCUUGCCCCUGCGCUCGAAACCAUCACCCCGUCUGCUUCUGGCAGUGCGCCGACAAGCAGCGGCGGUGGUGCAUCUGCACGCGUUGCUGCAGUGCUUGGACGAGGCGGUGCUGGUCUUGGAGGCGAUUCCUCGUCCACCCGCGAUGCAGCCAGCUCGGCCUUGUUUGGUGCCAACUCGAGCGGCGGUGGCCAAUGGCUCGGAUUGCAUGACAUUCUCGCCAACUUGUCCGGUCUCUUUAUUAAAGGCGCAGGCACGAACUCGGCCAUUCGCGAUGUUCGCGUGGGCAUUUCCAUGGCCUACCUCGCCUUGUUCCGACGCCUUGGUCCCGCAUGGGCUGAGAAGAAUCUGCCUGGUGUCAUGCGCCAUCUGCUCGAUCUGCUCUCACAUCCCAAGGUGGCUGGUGCAAGCACAUCGACCGCGGAUGCCUCGCAAUCGCGAAAUUGCAUUUCGUUCAUUCUCAAUUCUGCUUUAGCCACCAUUGUUGGCGAGACUGGGCGACUAAACGCUGUCAAGGAGUUCUCGCUCAUACUGGCUGCAUAUCGCGCAUCGACUGCCGCGCCAGAAGUGCAUCAGCAUGGCGUGGCUUGCUCCCUGUCCGAACUUGCCCACCUCCUGCCUGGCGUUGGCACGUCUGUGCUCGCCCUGUUCGAGUCUCUGAUCGAGUCUGUGUUUUGGUUUUUGUCUCUUGGGCUCAUUCCUGUCUCGCUGGCUGCGAGCACUUGCUUGCGCUCAAUGGCUGUCAACGCUCCUUCGCAACUGGCCGUGUACAUUCAGCGGUGCACUGAAAUUGUCGUUCAACCGCCCAAGAAUGUCGGCGUCGGUGGCAGUGCUGCCCUUCCAUUCACAUCGGCCGCACCUGCGACAGAUGGCCAUGCUCGUGCACUUUGCGCCCUACUCACUGCGACGCCCCUGUGCCCGUUGGGUCUGCCAAGCGGAAUCCCCACUUCUGUCCUCGACGCAGCCGAAGCCCUCAUUCGCGCCAGCGUAUCUGGCACCGGCAUUGCCGAGCCGACCGACGUGCCGCCGACCACCGAGCUGGCAAUGCGUGGCGAGCUCGGCUGGACCAUGAUUGCGGCGCUCAUGUGUGUUGGGCCAACCACCACCCGAGCGUUGAUGCCGCGAGUGGUUCCUCUUUGGCAAGAGCUCUUCCCGAAGCCGCCCAAGGAGGAAAUCGAAACGCUGAGCAACGCCAACCCAACGCGCAAGUCCAUUGCGCUGCUCAACCUGCGCAGCGCCGCGCUCUUGUCUCUGACAACGUUUUGCCGCCAGUGCUCCGAGUUGCUGACUCCGGAUGUGCUCAAGCGCAUCGUUGCUGUUCUCACCUACGCACGAGUGUACAUUUCCAUCACCAAGCCAAACAACGACUCCAUCGGCCCUCUGCUUGAAGCUCGACUUCGGCUGUACACGGCGUUUGCCUCACUUCCCCUCGCCGCCCUGCAGUCCAACCACACACACAUCAUCCGCAUGGUUGCCAUGGACAUGGCAUUCGAUCACGCAACCCCGACGUCGCUCUUGCCAUCUCUGUGCCCUUCCGAAGAUGGCAUCAUUGCUGAAUGGGUCGCAGACUCGGACAACCGCGGAAUCGAACUUCAUCUCCAGGCCUGCAGCUCGGCGGCCGAGUGCUCGCUUGAUCGUGAUACGCUCGGCGUUCUCGUCCUUGGCACAGACGCAGUCUGUCUUCGACCCGCGCUCCCGCUCGAAGUUUCCCUCCAGAACGCGGCAGUCACGCUGUUUUCAGACAUUUUCCCGUGUCUUGCUGCCAAGUAUCGCGAGGAGAGUAUCAUGUUCUUUUCGACGGCUGUGACCAAGGCCAAGCCUGCGCAUUUACUCGGAUUGUUUUAUAAUGCCGUCUCGGCUUUCAUUCGCGCGUUCACGGGGUUGCACGAAGCCAAAGAAUCUCUUCCGGCCCCCAUGAUGCUCAAAGCCAAAGAGAUUUUACAUAUGGCACUGCGCAGCGACGAUACCAUUCUGCGAUGUGGCGCUGGCGAGGCCAUCGGCCGGUUGGCCUUGAUUUCAGACGACCAACAGCUGGAUGAGCUGCUUCGAGAAGUGCUCGAGAAACUCAAGACUGAGCGAGAUGGACUGUACCGGGCGGGAUUGUGCCAUGCGCUCGGUAGCAUUCACCGACACUGCGGCAGUCUGCGAACUGGCAAGCACAUCAAGGCCAGCAUGGCCAUGCUCCAAGCGCUGGUGACGGAUGCUGUGCCUGCAGUGCAAUCCUGGGCAUUGCACUCGCUUUGGCUGACUUUUGACGCCGCAGGUGUGACUUUUGCAACGCAAGUCGGAGGUGUGCUCGCGCUGGUGCUGUCACUGCUCCAGUCGGAUGUGCACGCAGUGUCAUCCGCCUUCCCAAUCCAUCGCUGCAUCUCCCAUCUGCUGAACAGUCUUAUUACCACAAUCGGUCCUGAACUCCAAGUGGACGAAGCUGCCGCAUCCGCUUGCUUGAUGAUUUGCGCCGAGCUGCGCAACCAUCCGUCACCGUUUGUUCGGCGCGGCUACGUUGACUGCAUGCAACAGCUGCUCUUGUUUGCGCCACGGCACGUCGAUGUGCCUGCGCUGGUGCCCUACCUGCAAACCUGGCUGGCAAGUGAGCACCUGGUGCUUCGACGCUCCGCGCUGACGUGCAUGCGCCUGGUGGCCCAACGCGAGCCCCAGCUCGUGUCGCACCAGGCCAAACCCAUGGAAGAGCAGCUAUUUGCCAUGCUGGACUCGGAGACAAAUGCAGAGAUGCUCGAAAUGACCAAGAACCUGCUGCUGCUCUUGCUCUACUCUGGCGCCGAGCAAGCACCCUCGCGAUGGGUGGCCCUGUGUAAAAACGUGCUGUCCACCUCGUUGAACGAGGCUGCGGACGGCGAGGCAGCCGAGGCAUCCGCAACCCCUGCUUCCCAGGCGACGGCACCCAAGCCGUCGUCGGCUGCAAGUGCAAGCAAAGCCCGGAGCGCGCCGUCGCGGAAGCGAGACGACGACGACGAUAGUGAUGACGAUGGCGCCGGUGGAGAUGCCGGAGAAGGUGAACAGGAUGACGAUGAAGCCGAUGCUCAAGGGCUCGGUGUUGUCGAAGACUCUUCCUUCAUGUCCAUCCCCAAAUGGACUUCGAAGGUGUUUGCGAUGGAAUGCCUGCAGCAAGUCAUCUCCGCUUGCGUGGGCGACCGUGUCUCUGCGGCUACCUCUGGUGCCACCAAAGCACAUUCGGGCCACAACGCAUCCGCCGAGAGCGGGCAACGCGGCUCUGCCAGUGCCAGAGAUCGUCGCCACGUUGAUCUCGCACUUGCGCGGCAGCUUCAGCGGUCUCAGCAAGUCGAUUCACUCGCACUCCGUCUGUCCGACCUGAUUCGAACAUCGUUCAAUGCUUCCACGUCAACGCUCGAUUCCCUGCGAGACGCCGGCCUGACAAUUCUUGACUUGGUCAUCCAAGCAUUUGCGAAUGAAAUGGAUCCCGACGCCGAGGGCGCCCGACUUCUCGAGCAAUACCAAGCGCAGAUUAGUGCUGCACUGCGACCGGCAUUUGCUGCCGACACUUCUCCUGACGUUACCGCGUCUGCAUGUGGCGUAUGCGCUGCUUGGAUUAGCAGCGGCGUGAGCGAAAAUGUUGCCGAUCUUCGACGUGUGCUGCAACUGCUCGUGUCGUCGCUGGAGGAGAAAAUGUCUGGUAAAGCCACGGCCACCUUCAACGAGAGCACAACCACCAUGAUCCAGCUGGCCAUCGUCACGGCGUGGGCCAAGCUCUAUGUGGCUGGCCAGGAGGCCAUGGGCAAGAAGCGCUACUUGACCGACAUUGUCACCCCUUACUUGCCAACUCUGGCAAAGUACUGGGCAUCCGUCCUCCACGACCAGGCCUUGCUCACCUUCCCGGAACCUAUCGCCCAACAAGCCCCAACUGCGCCAACCUUCUUUACCCGGUCUUCUCGCAACACUGUGUACGUGCACUUUGAGCAUGCCUGGGCGCCCAUCGCGCUCGCGUUUGCCUCGCUUGCAGUGUCCGAGCACAGAGAUGCCUUCUUUGCGGAUGGUGAAAUGCCUGGUGUUGCUGACAUGCUGGAGUCGGUCAAAAAGCACCACCAUCACGAGGAGCGAGCCACCGAAACGCCAGCUCUGCCUGUGUCUGUAGUUGUGCCCGCACCUGUGCCUGCGCCGGCUGUGGUCGCUUCACCAUCUGCCACCACUUCCCUGCCCACAGUAGCAGCAACACAUCCUGCAGCAGAUGCCCAUGUUGACGAUGAUGAUGAUGAUGAUUUUGGCUCGUUCGCAAGCAAUUCCGCAUCGUCUCCUGCAGAAUCUGCGACAAACACUGCCGGCUCGGCAUUGACAACCACUGCCCAACCAGUCACUCCAUCUGUCGCGCCCAGCGUGAUCAACGCCGAUGCUGACGCGGACGACGACUUUGGUUCAUUUGGCAGCUUUGCAUCAGGAGCGUCUGGCGUGUCUGCAGCUGCACCGCUCGACGCCGUUACUGACGCGACUUCCAACCCAACGCAAGCUGAGACCGGCCACGAUGACGACGAUUUUGGUAGUUUCAGCACUCCUGCUCCAGCUCCAGCUCCAGCUCCAGCUCCUGCUUUCGCUGCGACAGAAAGCGACAGUGAUGAUGGGUUUGGGGCUUUCAGCACACCAUCGGCCAGCAUUGCUAAUGACGUUCCAUCCGAGUCGGACGACUUUGCUGCCUUUUCUAAUGCACAAGUGUCUUCACCGCUCGCUCUCAAUGCUACUGAAAAGAAGGAUGACGAUGAUGAUGGCGACUUUGGUGCGUUCGGGGCCUUUGAAAAUCAGACGCCCGUCGAAACGCCAGUCCCCGAAACGCCAGUCCCCCAAACUGCUGCUGCUGACGAGGACGACGACUUUGGGGUGUUUGCCACCCCAAGUGCUAGUUCAGCGGCAGUCGAGUUGCAGCCAUCGACUGAAACUUCGACCCCAACAACCUCCAUUCCUCCUCCAGGCGAUUCCAAAGCCUUUGGAACGGCCGACGUCUUCUCGUCCAACCAACAACCGACCACGACCCAGCCUCUUGACAACGAAAGCGACGAUUUCGGCGCGUUCGGCGCGUUCGGAUCACCCACCCAACCAACCGAGGCCAAACCUGUCGGAAACAGCAACGACGACGGUUUCGGGGCAUUCUCCUCAACCCAGCCUGGCGACAAUGCUGACGACGAUUUUACCGCCUUUGGAGCGUUCGGAGCGUCUGGAGCGUCUGGAGCAACUACGCAACUGACUGACAAGCAGAUCGACGAGGACGAUGAUUUUGGCGCGUUUGGAGCAGUUCCGGCAUCCACCGCCGUCCCCCACGGCGCUCCUUCCGACAAGCCUAGUGGUGACGAUGAGGAAGAUUUUGGAGCGUUCGGGUCUUCGCCGUUCGUCUCUGCAGAGUCUAGCUCGACGCCUGCAGGCGAUGGCGCCAAUCACACCAACCAAGCAGCUGAAAACCCAUCGUUGGAAACGGCCUCUGCACAGAAUGUGGCUAGCGCACAAGAGAAGAACGACGACUUUGGUGCGUUUGGAGCAUCCCCGUUUGCACCUUCUUCAGCUCAUAAGGUGCACGACGAAGACGACGGAUUUGGUGCUUUUGCAUCCAGUUCCGCGAACGACGAUAACGACUUUGGAGCGUUUGGUGCUUCGCCCGCGCCCCUGCCUGCUACCCGCGCUAUUGUUGGUGACAAUGAUGAUGACGACGAUUUUGGCGCAUUCGGUUCUGGCAGCGUCUCUGCCACGAACAAGAAGAACGACGACUUUGCAAGCGCCUUCGGGUCGAAUGACAACUCCAAGAGCAAACCAUCGAGUUCAGAGGAAUUCGGGGUCUUUGAUACUCCAACUUUGGCAGCCUCAGGUCCCAAUGCAGACGACGAGGACGACUUUGGUGCGUUUGCAGGAACCGCUGCCUCAUCUUCGACAGUUGCGAAGCCUGCUGCCGAACAGAGCGAUCCUUUCGCUUCCCAGGCAAAGCAGGACGAUAAUGAUGAUGAUUUUGCAGACUUUGGCUCAUUCUCAGCACCCGCCGCUGUGCUCAAGGAGGUCGCAGCACCAGCUCCCCUUGCACCACCAGCAGCUGUUCAUCCCAUUUCGAUUCCCGCCCAGCCUGCCGCAUCUGCACCAGUCGUUGCCGCUGUCGCCCAUCCUGCUGCCGUCGUCCCUCCUGCGGCCUCUGCAGUCCCUGCCGCUCCUGUGACACACACCGCUCCACCAACCACUGCAGCUUCCACAACCGCUCCAGCGGUCCUUCAGCCUGCCGUUCCCAAGGCUCUCCCUCCUGUGGAGCACUCUGGCUCUGCCGUCGAAACGAGCCGCACUUUCCACCUCGUUUUUACCAGUUGCUUGCAUGCGCUCUCAAGCGCGCGUCACGCCUCAACUCUGCUGCCAUGCCUCAAGGCGGUGCGCUUGCUGCUCUCUGCCGCGUACCGUCCGACAGGCAGCGCUGAUCUCGCAGGUCCUUUCUACGUGGCCGGACUCUCGCCCGACCUGCUUGUAGAUUUGAUCGAAGCGCUUCACCGUCUCCUUCAAACGCAAGAGCAGGAGGUCCAACUCGCCGUGAUGGUUGUGGUUGAUCAGCUCACAGCUGGCGCCUUCCAGCUGGAGCCGUCGACGUCCACGGAACUGGUGGCGGGACAGUCGCCCUUGCUUGCAUUGAUUGACGUUUGCAUGUGUGCCGUGCUUCGUCAAUUGCCCAGCAUCGACCCUUCCUUUGUAGAUCCGCAAGGGUCGGCGGCACACGCGCAUCUCGGUGCCACACAGCUGUCGUUGCUGCUGCUUGCGCUGAACAGCCUCUGUCGCCUUCCUUUGCUCUGUGGCCCCGCGCUCACCCUGCACACCACGCCUCUGGUCUUGUAUGUGCUAGUGUCCGUACUAAGCAAGGCGGAGGAGGCAGUCCUCCAAGAGACCAUUCUUCGCAACAUGCGAGAACUGCUUGCCUUGCCAGUGUCGGCAUCUCUCGGCUGGACUGAUGCGCAGUUGGAGCAAUGGCAUGGUGUUCGUUUGUCCUGCUGGAGCUCGCUUGUCGAGCAGCUGGCAUUGCACAGUGGGCGUUCGGUUGCCAUUUCACGCUCGUUGGUGCUGGCCCUGACGCUCACCCUGAUUGCGUGCUCGGAGAUUCCUCGUGCUCGUUCUCAAGCAGGCAAAGUUGGUCACCUCUUUGCCGAGCUGAUGAAUCCCACUGUGCCUGUCGAACUGACCAAAGCAGCCCUGCAUGCCAUCAGCACAAUCAUCAAGCAGACCGAGGUGCAUCUGAUGGCCGAAGUGUGCUCCACCAGUGUCCAAGCUGUGAUUGCGCGUAUCCAGGCCGGGUCGGAGCUUCGCACGCGACCCAAGUCUGAGAUUGAAGUCAGCACUGUCCUCGAAAGUGUUGGGGUUAUUGAACUUUUGCUAUCUCGCGUCGAUGCCAAGACGGAAAUUCUUGGAGCACUCGUUCAUUGCUGCGUGCCUCUGUUGCAGCUCUCAACGGAUCCCGAGCCUGCCCCGCCGAUGCUGGCGCCGUUGCACACCGUUGCUUUCGGUUUGCUGACACGGGUUGGACCGCAGUACCCGGACGCCUUCCGCCAGGUGAUGAGCCAAGUGUCGCCGGCAUUCAAGGCUCGUCUGGAGGCUGCUGUGCGCGCCAACCUUGCUGCUGCCCAAGAGCAGCAAGCCAAGCAAGCUCAACUGGAGCAACAGCGUCAAGAGCUUGCGGCCAAGCGCGCCGCUACAGUCGCAGCUCUCACUGCCGCGCCCACCAUUCAACUCAAGAUGAACUUUUAACUCGCGCUUGUCUCGUUUGGUGGACAGGGCGCUAUUUGGUGUUCUUGUCUUUGUUUUGUUGUAUUUUUUGUGAACAGGAGCUUUUUUUUGGAAAA